CAGCCUACCAUGGCUCAACGAGUACCUCAGCAACGUAUGGAGGGCCCGACUGUUUGGCAGAAGAGUGAAAUGGGUGCGAUGAUGGGCGCAGGUGUAGGCCUUACCAUCGGCUUCCUCUUCGGCUCGUAUAGCAUCUUGAGGAAUGGUGCUGGCCCAAGAGGCAUCAUGGCCACUCUUUCACAAUACAUGCUCGGCAGUGCAGCCAGCUUCACAUUCUUCCUUGCCAUUGGUUCGGCCAUUCGUAACGACUCGCUUCUCCCUCCACAUCUCGAAGCUUUACACAAUCAACUCGCUCCACCUGUUGUGCAUUCCAGAGUUGCCAGCGCAUCUUUAAUUAAAGCGCGCUGGGAAGCAGAAAAGCAAAGACGGAGCAACUUGUGAACCAUUACACAGAAAAGUAGGCCAAGAGCACGCCUGCACCAGCCCUCGAACCCGGAAUGAAUGGAAUAAUUUCCCUGCCCUUCUUUCAUAUGUGCUAAUGUUUGCAGUUUUGCCUUUCCUUAUUAUAUCAUACACACUUUGCACCACGGAGCGUUCACAUCCCCGCGCCGUUUUCU